UGUAUUUAACACUAUUUUCAUCUCCAAUCUCUAAACGCCCAUUAAGACUCAGACACAUACACAAUGAAGCUGUCAGUUAUUGGUCUCCUUUUCAGCCUAGUCGCCAUGACCAACGCGCAGUGCUACAACUGCAUUUAUGCAAACGGUGCACCCUCAUGCGACGCAUGCCCCAGUGCUAUUCCCAACGGAUGUGGUGGCUGCAUUGGCGGUUGCCCUGCUGCGGAGGGUGGAACUUCAUCUAGUUACGACGUGGACUGUUAGAGCGGGUUGGUAAUGAGACUGUUGUAAGGAGAACUGUUAC